AAAUUGUCCUUCCAUUUUCUUAUUCACUUAUCGUCCUGAGCGCGCUGGAGCCUAUCUCAGCUGACGUUGGGCACGGAGACAACAUGCAAACUCCACAGGAAGGCCAGAAUCGAACCCUGCACCUCUGCACUGUGAGGCCGAUGUGCUAACCAGUAAGUAGUUCACCAUGCUGUGCAGUUGCCAAGUGGCUGACAGAAUGUUCAACAAGUGGCAGUAUAAUAUGAAACGACUUCUGAUAGGCUCUCUCUUGGCACACAUUAUUUUGCGGCCACGACUCUGCACCAAAUCAUCUGUGAGUUUGUCAGAAUAAUAUGACAAAAAAUAUAAUACUACAAAGAAUUCUGGUUGGCCCUCUCUUGGCACAUAUCAUUAUUGCGGUCACGACUCUGCACUGAAUCACCUGUGGGUUGGUCAAUUCAUGCCAAUAAUGUAAAGUGACUGACAGAAAGAUCAACAAAUUUGGAUUAAAAAAAAAAUAUAUACCGGUAAUUCUGAUAGGCCCUUGACUACUGUAUGCCCGUGGGCUUCAGCUCAGACAGGCCCGUUGGUAAAGGCAGACUCGACCAUUCGCUCCUCUGGCCCAGGUCGCUCUCCACUCCAGCCAGGGGAGACUGCAAGUGAGCAUGCAAGUACCACCUGCUUCCCCAUUCAUUGCAUCCACUCAACAGCAAGGACCGCCCAACCACGCCUGUGAGCACCGCCGUUCUCACGCCCUCUGACCAAAGCUACGGCGAGGCCCGCCGGUCCCAGCAGAAGUCACCAUGUCAGCGGCCGAGGGUCUCCUUCAGUUACUGCCGACGUCCAGCAGGUGUCGCUGCCAGGAGGUCAACAUCCUGCUGCGUCUGCGUGACCGUGACCGCAGCGCUGCACAGCCGACGCGUGCGCGUUCAGAGGAAGGAAGAAGACAGUGUGCAGAUAGAGGAAAUCAGAAAGUGACGCUGGUGCAGACAUGGACCUGCGCUCUGAGCUACUCAAAUCCAUCUGGUACGGGUUCACGGCACUAGAUUUGGAGAAGAGCGGAAAGGUCUCCAAGUCUCAGCUGAAGGUGUUAUCGCACAACCUCUGCACAGUGUUGUGCAUCCCACAUGACCCAGUUGCUUUGGAGGAGGACUUCCGCGAUGAUGAUGAUGGUCCGGUCUCCAGUCAGGGUUACAUGCCCUACCUCAACAAAUACGUUCUGGAUAAGGUAGUUGAAGGCACCUUCAACAAGGAAGAUGUGGAUGAGCUGUGUUGGACCCUGACAGCUAAGAAAAACUACAAACCCACCAAGAGUUCAGACACAGUUCUGGCAGAGCGGGACGCAUUUCGGCUUUGGUGCCUUUUUAACUUUCUGUCGGAGGACAAGUACCCUUUGGUGAUGGUCCCCGAUGAGGUGGAGUACCUACUGAAGAAGAUAUGCACAGCAAUGAGUGUUGAGCUCAAUUCUGUUGAACUGGAGGACUUAUUUUCCCAAGAUGCAGUGCAGCAGAGAGGCAUCACUGUUUGGGUUUUCUUGGAGAUGAUGGAUGCAGGAAAGUUGGCCAGAGGCAUUAAUAGCAGCGUCAUCAGCAUGGCUAUAGAGGAAGUAUACAGGGAGAUUGUUGGCGAUGUCCUUAAAGAGGGUUAUUUGUGGAAAAGAGGCCAACUCAGGAGAAACUGGAAGGAGCGCUGGUUCACUCUGAGGGCGAGCAACUUGUUUUACUACACUGGGGAGGACCGCAAGGAGUGCCAGGGCAACAUUGUCUUGGAUGGCAAUUGCUGUGUUGAGGUGCUGCCCGACCGCGAUGGUAAAAGGUGCAUGUUUUGUCUCAAAACACUCUCCAAAACUUAUGAGAUGAGCUCAUCAGACACAAGGCAGAGACAAGAAUGGACAACAGCCAUUCAGACAGCUAUCAGGCUGCACGUGGAGGGGAAGACAUCCCUCCACAAGGACUUGAAGCUGAAGCGGCAUGAGCAGCGUGAACAGCGCGAGAGGAGGCAACAGGCCAAGGAGGAGGAGCUGCAGAGGCUCCGGGCCCUCCAAGAUGAACGAGAGCGAAAACUGGCAGAGCUGGAGCUGGAGGCGCAGAAGCAGGCCCAAGUUCUCCUGGAGCAGGACGAAGAGAGGAGGCGCCAGCAACACGAGCAGCUCCACCAGACCUUAGAGGUGCAGCUGCGGGAGGCCGAGGAGGUGCGAAUCAGCAUGCAGGCGGAGAUGGCUCUCAAAGAGGAGGAAGCGGAAAGGCAGAGAAAGAGGAUCCACGAGCUGGAGGAGAUGCAGAAGCGACUGGAGGAGGCAUUGCAGCAAGAGAUUAGAGCCAGGCUGGAUGAGGAGGCCUUCCGCAAUGCUCAAGCAGGGUUACUUGCUGAGGAGGAGGAGAAAAUGAAGGAGUUGAUGACCCUGCAGGAGGAGCAGGAAGAGUAUAUCCUGAAGACCCAGCGGGAGAAGGAGGAGCUGAAGCAGGAGAUGGAAGCCAAAUCGCGGGCCUUGGAUGAGGCACAGAGGCAGCUGGAGGAAGUCCGGGGCAACCGGCACAGGGUUGACCAGGAUGUAGUGGCUGCUCAGAGGAAACUUCGCCAAGCGAGCACCAACGUCAAACACUGGAAUGUUCAGAUGAACAGACUGAUGCGACCCAUUGGACCAGGUGAUAAACGACCUGUCUCGAGAAGCUCCCUGCCAUCCUUCCAGAUUCCGAGCCAGAGAGACCCUGGGCUGAAUCUCAGAAGCAUAUCGGGAUCAGAAGAUCGAAAUGAGCAACUUAUAGAAAAUGUUGGUGCUGGCCGCAGAUGCGAUGCAGAUUUAGAGAGACACAACUCCCAUACUUCGAAUGGAGACUAAAAUGACCCCGAAAUUCAUGAUUCAGACAAGAUGCAUAUCCAAGGAAUCGUUGGUAUUUUGACUGGAGGAGUCAGGCCUUUUCAGCAACAAAUGUCAAUGUGAUCAAAUGUCAGAUACACUGUUCUCAGUUUAAAAAAGGGGUUUUUCAAUCUCAUAAUGGUGCACUGUAUUUGCGUUGUUAACCACUGGUGUCUGACCUGUACCCAGAACAUACCUCAGUGCCUUGUAUGAAUGGAACUGCAAGCAGCUAAGUCAGUAUGACGUUAAAAUGCCCAAGUAUGUAAUACAAAAGAAGCGAAUAAUGCGGAUCAGCAAUUCAUAUUGAAGUGCAGGAGGGAUGGCUCAAAUUGUAUGUGUGUAAAGAUUUGGAGUAUAAUUUCCUUCAUACAACAUUCGUUUUUUACAGUUAAGAUACAUUGACGAGCAAACCAGAUUCACAUAUUGUGUGUACUGUACAUUCAAAUGAAACUAAUGAAAAUAAUGAUUGUGUGCCUGAAUCAUCACUGGAGAUGCAACAUUGGUCAAGAGAUGUGUCAAUCAUGAUAGAA